AUGGGUUCAGCCGCCCUCCCGGCCUUUAGAAACGACUCUCCCUCCGCGUUUCUCCCGAGGGAGGAUGCCGGCAACCUGACGGGCAGGACCGUGUUCUGGCAGCCGGCUUGGCAGCUGGCCCUGUGGACGAUGGCUUACGUCUGCCUGGUCAGCGUGUCCGUCGUGGGCAAUGUCACCGUCAUCUGGAUCGUCCUGGCCCACAAGAGGAUGAGGACCGUGACCAAUUAUUUCGUCGUGAACCUGGCUCUCUCGGAUGCCUGCAUGGCCACCUUCAACACCGUGUUCAACUUCAUCUACGCCAGCCACAACAUCUGGUAUUUCGGCCGGGUCUUCUGCCACUUCCAGAACUUCUUCCCCAUCACGGCCAUGUUCGUGAGCAUCUACUCCAUGAUGGCCAUCGCAGCAGACAGGUACAUGGCGAUCAUCCAUCCUUUCCAGCCCCGGCUGUCGGCCCGCAGCACCAAGUUCAUCAUCGCCGCCAUCUGGCUGGUGGCCUUCAGUCUCGCCGUGCCCCAGUGCUUCUACUCCAAGAUCGAGGUCGACUCGGGAGCCACCAAAUGCUUGGUGGUCUGGCCAGACGACGAGGGAGAGGCCAAGCACCUCGGGUAUCACCUCUCCUUGAUCGUCCUGAUUUACUUACUACCCCUGAUGGUGAUGUUUGUCACCUACAGUAUCAUUGGGUUGACGCUGUGGAGAAGGACAGUCCCUGGAAAUCAGUCUUUCGGAUCCAACCGGCAGCACAUUAAAGCCAAGAAAAAGGUAGUGAAGACCAUGGUUCUGGUGGUGCUGACCUUUGCCAUCUGCUGGCUGCCCUUUCACUUGUAUUUCAUUCUGAGUAAAUUCAAGAAAGACAUUUACGAACAAAGGUUCAUCCAGCAAGUCUACCUGGCCAUCUUCUGGCUGGCCAUGAGCUCCACCAUGUACAACCCCAUCAUUUACUGCUGCCUCAACCGAAGGUUUCGAUCCGGCUUCCGGGUGGCUUUCUACUGCUGUCCUUGGGCCACCACAACUGAGGAAGAUAAACUCGAACUAUCUCAGCAGCCAUCGCUGUCCAGGAGAGUUCACAGGAGUCAGACCAAGGAAAUCUUCUUCACCAUGAGUGAUAUGUCUCAGCCAUUUAAGGACAUCUCCAAGGCCCAGCAGGAGCAGGCUGAUUUUGACCCCAUUUGCCACGACUCCACUAAUCAUGAAGGGUAGCGAUCCCUUCCCGUCUCACUGAAGGGCUGAACUGAGCAGAGAGCUGAGAAACAGCACAGGGAAAUUUGAAAAAUCCAAGUGAACAGCCCAGAUCAUCAAUCCCCAAGUGAACACAGGGAUCACCAUCUCUUGAGGAAUUCCCCAAAGAAAUACACAUAUUCCUGAAGGGUUCCUGGCUAGUGCCCAGGAAACCCAGGAAAACACACUAGAACUUAAAAAACCAUCAAUGAGGAGAGAUUUGGGGAAGAGAGUCUUUGUCCUGUCGGUUUCCAGAAAGACCGCGCUCUGAUGACUUCCAAAAAUCAAAGGUAGAGGAAAGCAGCUUGUGCAGUGUAUACGAACGACAUUGUGGAAAAUUGGACGGAGGAGACUGAUAUGAGAUCUAGGAUGGAAUUUCGGAGGCAGGAAAAGUGACUUUUUCCUGCCCCAUUUGGGGAGUCCAAAAGAUCACAGGGGGAGAAAAUCCGAGCAGCAAGCCAGAUCAGAGUCUAGAAGUGCUGCCAGGGGAAGUUUAACUUCUCUGAACAUUUGGUCUCAAUCCGGCAAGCUCUAAAUGAUGAGCAUGCAAACAACCUGGCAGUGAUUCAAACCUCCCCUGCCCCCGCCACUUCCCCUGCCUAUCCGCCCCUCAACCUCCUCCCUUACCAAAAGGAUCACGAUGGUGUUUAGAUCAGCAGAGUGAAAUCAGUAGAGCAAACACCAUCGUCAUGCUGAUGGAAGUCUUACACUCCAUUUUUUAUUCCAAUCCUUAUUUCAGAGC